CGGCGGGUCGCGCGGCGAUGACGUCUCCGAGAUGGCGGCGGAGAGGCGGCGGCGCGGCGCCGAGGGCCCCCGGGAGGCGCGGGUCCGAGCCCGGGAGCGCGGGGCCGCGCGGGGGGAGCGGGGCGGGCGCGGCGCGCUGGGGCUGGCGGCGGCGCUGGCGCUGGGGCUGGGGCUGGCGGCCGCGGGGGCGCUCCUGGCGCAGUGGGGCCGCUGGCGAGCGGCUUCCCGCGCCGUCAGCCCGCACCCCGCCGCGCCCGCGCUGCCCCCCGGCGCCACCGGGCCCGGCGCCGCGCCGCACCGCUUCUGGGGCUCCUACCGCCCGCACGUCUACUUCGGCAUGAAGACCCGCAGCCCCCGCAGCGUCGUCACCGGGCUGAUGUGGCUGCAGCAGCGGGAGGGCGCGGAGCUGCGGCACACCUGCGAGCAGAGCGACGGGCUGCGGCGCUACGGCUGGCUGCUGCACGACGGGGAGCGCUUCGGCCUGCAGGACAUCCACGACCGAGGGCUGCUGCUGCGCACCGAGUUCGUUAAGCGGCCCGGGGGGCUGCACGGCGGGGACUGGAGCUGGCGCGUCACCGCCCGGCCGGAGGGCGCGGGUAGCCAGGCCGCUCUGGUCUCCCUCUUCUUCUACGUGGCCACGGACGGGCAGGGCGAGCUGCGGCCGCACGUGGAGGACGGCGCCCGGCUGGCGGCCGUGACGGGGACGUCGGAGGAGCUGGGCGACUUCAAGAUCACCUUCCACAGGCCGACCGCGGACGACGGGGAGGGCGUCAAGUACAGCAGCUACCGCUACCUGGACGCGUGGAGCCCGGGGCUGCACCGCCUCACCGACGUGGUGCGCAGCAGUCUGAGCGACCGCUUCGUCUUCGCCCCCCCGGAGGGGCCCCGGCAGCGCUUCGUGGCCGUGGACGCGUUCCGCGGGCUGCCGGGCACGGCGGAGGCCCCGCGCAGCCACCUCCUGCUGCACCAGGUGACGCUGCGGCUGCCGGCCCGCGUGGAGGUGACCUUCGAGUCGGGCAGCGUGCGGGAGCGGCGCGCCGCGCUGCUGGGGCCGGUGCUGACGGCGGAGCUGGCGCGGCACCAGGCCGCCUUCGAGCGGCGCUUCGAGGAAACCUUCGGGCUGGAACGCAAAGGCUUCCCCCCCUCGCAGCGGCGCUUCGCGCAGGCGGCGCUCAGCAACACGCUGGGCGGGAUGGGCUACUUCCACGGGCGCUCCCUGGUGCGCUCCCCGCUGCACGAGCAGCCCGCGCCCUACCCCGACAGCUCGCUCUUCACCGCCGUGCCCUCCCGCUCCUUCUUCCCCCGCGGCUUCCUGUGGGACGAAGGCUUCCACCAGCUGCUGCUGGCGCGCUGGGACCCCGAGCUGAGCCGCGAGGUGCUGGCGCACUGGCUGGACCUGAUGAACGCCGACGGCUGGAUCCCGCGGGAGCAGAUCCUGGGCGACGAGGCGCGCGCCAAGGUGCCGCCCGAGUUCGUGGUGCAGCACAGCGACGUCGCCAACCCCCCCACGCUCUUCCUGGCGCUGCAGCCGCUGCUGGCCUCCGCCCCGCUGCCGUACCUGCGGCGCCUCUUCCCCCGCCUGCGCGCCUGGUACGAGUGGUACAACGGCACGCAGGCCGGCCCGCUGCCCCACACCUUCCGCUGGCGCGGCCGCGACGCCGACCCCGAGCGCUUCCUCAACCCCAAGACGCUGGCGUCGGGGCUGGACGAUUACCCCCGCGCCUCGCACCCCUCGGCGGACGAGCGGCACCUGGACCUGCGCUGCUGGAUGGCGUUGGCCUCCCGGGUGCUGGCGGAGGCGGCCGAGCGGCUGGGCGAGCCGGCGGAGCCGUACCGGAGCGCGGAGAGGGCGCUGAGCGACAACGAGCUGCUGGAGCGGCUGCACUGGGCCGAGGAGCUCGGCGCCUUCGCCGACUUCGGCAACCACAGCCGGGCGGUGGAGCUGCGGCGCGAGGCGGGGCGGGCGGCCCCCGGGCGGCCCCCCCCGGCCCCGCGGGUGGUGCGGGUGGUGCGCGAGGCGCCCCGGCUCCGCUUCGUGGACGCCCUGGGCUACGUCAGCCUCUUCCCGCUGCUGCUGCAGCUGCUGCGCCCCGACUCCCCUCGGCUGGGCGCCGUGCUGGAUGCCGUGCGCGACGAGCGGCGGCUCUGGACGCCCUUCGGCCUGCGCUCGCUCGCCCGCGACAGCCCGCUGUACAUGCGGCGCAACACCGAGCACGACCCGCCCUACUGGCGGGGCUCCGUGUGGGUCAACAUCAACUACCUGGCGCUGCGGGCGCUGCACGGCUACGCCGACCGGCCGGGUCCGCACCGCGAGCGGGCGGAGCGGCUGUACGGGGAGCUGCGGCACAACCUGAUCGGCAACCUGUACCGGCAGUACGCCGAGAGCGGCUACCUGUGGGAGCACUACAGCGACAGCACGGGCAGGGGGCAGGGCUCGCACCCCUUCACCGGCUGGUCGGCGCUCGUGGUGCUGGCGAUGGCCGAGGACUACUAGCGGCUUCCUCAGGGCCGGGCGGCCCGGCCCCGGGGCUCCGGUCCUCCGCCGCCAAUAAAGCUCGGAUGUGACGCUCGUC